AUGCCAAGUCAUAUGCAGCCAUCUGAAAAAAAGAGGAAAGGUCCCUCUCUCUCUCUUUCUUUAUCCCUCUCUCUCUCUCUCUCUUUCUUUAUCCCUCUCUCUCUCUCUUUCUUUAUCCCUCUCCCUCUCUCUCUCUUUCUUUAUCCCUCUCCCUCUCUCUCUCUUUCUUUAUCCCUCUCUCUCUCUUUCUUUAUCCCUCUCUCUCUCUCUUUCUUUAUCCCUCUCUCUUUCUUUACCCCUCUCUCUCUCUCUCUUUCUUUACCCCUCUCUCUCUCUUUCUUUACCCCCCCUCUCUCUUUACCCCCCUCUCUCUUUCUUUACCCCCCCUCUCUCUUUCUUUACCCCUCCUCUCUCUCUUUCUUUUUACCCCUCCUCUCUCUCUUUCUUUACCCCUCUCUCUCUUUCUUUACCCCUCUCUCUCUUUCUUUACCCCUCUCUCUUUCUUUACCCCUCUCUCUCUUUCUUUACCCCUCUCUCUUUCUUUUACCCCUCUCUCUCUUUCUUUACCCUCUCUCUCUCUCUCUUUCUUACCCCCCUCUCUCUCUCUCUUUCUUUACCCCCCUCUCUCUCUUUCUUUACCCCUCUCUCUCUCUCUCUCUUUCUUUACCCCCCCUCUCUCUCUUUACCCCCCCUCUUUACCCCUCUCUCUCUCUCUUUACCCUCUCUCUCUCUCUUUACCCCUCUCUCUCUUUUACCCUCUCUCUUUUUACCCUCUCUCUCUUUUUACCCCCCCUCUUUCUUUAUCCCCUCCUUCCCCCUCUACCCCCUCUUUCUCCUACCCCUCUUCUCUUUGGGAUGUAUUUAUUUUGA